AUGAUCAGACUUACCCAGCGCUGGGCCUCGUGGCGACGGCUGCCCGCGCUUCGCCUUCGUUACCUGCUCCCGUCGCUCAUUUUAUGGGCCAUCCUUGCUCUCUUCUUCCUCGGCGCCGAACAAGAAUGGACCAAUCCAGGUACUCUGGAGGCCAUAAUCUACCGAACCUCGACGCGCAUGCCGACUAAUCCAGCUGGUCUGGAGCCUCUCGCCGAGCCCGUCCCUUGCCAUGGCGCCCGCGGCCAUCUUCUAUCCGACAGCCUGGACGACGAAUUGCAUUAUGAACGUGUGAGCAUUUCGUACCCUGUGCCCUUUAUAGGCUCCCAAACAGAACUGGGCAUCGACCGCUCUUGGAUGACAGCAGAUGGACGAUAUGGUCCUUAUGGAUACGGUCAGGACUCUCCGACUUAUAACCGCAGCGUGGUAGAUUGGAACUCGGUCGACUGGGGAAACCUGCAACAAAAGUGCCUCGGACGAAAUGCUCAUCGCUUCCCAAACACCACUUCGAUUCGCACGACAAGCCUCGCUCAAGACGUCCGGUUCGAACUAUUCGAGCAACGAAAGAUCCCCGCGACGCCAUCGUGGCACAAGUUCGAGCCAACUCGCCGCACGGCCAUCGUUUUACGUGCAUACCAGGGCUUUGAAUACACCGAGGAGAAUAUGUGGAACAUUCGAUCCAUCAUCACUGAGGCCGCGUUGCAAUCUGGAGGGGAAUACGAGGUCAUCUUGCUUGUCAAUAUUUUCGACCGCCAAUUGAACAUCACUGGGUCGAGAGAAAAUUACGAGAAGGCGCUGGAAGGGGCAGGCAUUCCCAAUGAGCUUCGAUCUAUUGCCCUGCUGUGGGACGAUCAAAUGCUUGAGUCCUGGUAUUCGGCCGUUGAUGAACACCGAACCAUGUGGCAGAUCAACCAACCACUGCAGCUUCUCGCCCUCCACUACCCCGAAUUCGACCACUUUUGGCAGCUGGAGAUGGACCAACGCUUUAUGGGCCACGUUGGCGAAUAUAUGAAAGCUACCGCGAAUUUUGCACGUCAAGAGCCCCGAAAGCAGGCGCUCGAGCGCGCCACAUACCCUUACAGCGAGGAACUCUGGACCUCAUAUCAAGAAUUUUCCACCGACGUCGACAAAGCGAAUAACGGCAGCUCGCGCGCUUGGGGACCGGUAGAAGGCUCAGGCAUCUAUCCCAUAGGCCCUCGACCUCCAACUGAACAUGCUACCGAGGACGAUUUCGACUGGGGUGUUGGUGAGGAGGCCGAUGUUAUUGUAACGAGCUUCUGCGCAGACGCACGGGGUUCGUCCUGGGUAUUCCGGGACUGGAUUCUCGGUAAUUUUGCAAAUGGGGCUAAAACACCACGAUGGUUUUGCCCGCCUGCCAUCACUCGUGGUAGCCGGUCGCUUCUCCUCGCGGUGCAUAAUGCGCAGCAUACCCGUGGUUUGAGUGUGCCCAGCGAAGCUGUUCUGCCGUCAUUUGCUCUGUGGAAUGGUUUGAAGCUGAGUUACCCGCCUCAACCAGUCUACAUGCACGCCUACGAUGAGGAGCUGGCGAAAACCCAACCGGAUGAUGAAAAUGAGGAAACAUCGAGAUUGAAGACGAAUUGGCGACAUCCGGAGAAGCUACCCUUCGUUGGGUACCACCCUAAAGACUCUCCCGAUGGGCUCUCACACGCCAAUCCUCAGAGCUUUGCAAAUAGGGGCCUGACAUGGUGGUGGGCAAGCGAGUACCCUCGAAAAGUAAUGGACGUGUGGCUUUAUGGGAACAAUGGAACCGAUGACCUGCCAGGAAUGCUCGCCACUGAAAGGGGCCAAGUAUUUGCACCCAACUUCGUUAUGCAUCCGGUCAAAACCUGA